AUGGAUAGUAGCGCAGCAGCCAGGGUAUCGUCACCGGUGACCUCGGUGACCGAGAACGCCACGGCGAUGACGGUCACUGGAAUCGUCGACUUAGUCUCCAAAGUAGAUGCCAAGGAAGCGACGCCUAUUUUCCUGCAGACUCGUACCGCUCAAGGUAUCGCGGGAGCGUUCGUAUGGGUCGCUCUUUUUCUAACAUGCCAACAAAUCUAUCAGCAUUUAAGGUGGUACACCAACCCGACGGAACAACGGUGGAUAGUCAGGAUCUUGUUCAUCGUUCCGAUUUAUGCAACUUACUCUUGGGUAUCGCUGUUAUUCUUCAACAGCGAAAGCUAUUACGUAUACUUCUUCACGGUACGGGAUUGCUACGAGGCGUUUGUAAUAUACAAUUUCCUCUCCCUGUGCUACGAGUACCUGGGUGGCGAGGGCAAUAUCAUGUCCGAGAUACGUGGGAAGCCCAUAAGGUCAAAUUGUCUUUAUGGAACUUGUUGCCUCGUCGGGAAGACCUAUACCAUUGGGUUCUUAAGAUUCUGCAAGCAGGCCACGCUUCAGUUCUGCCUGGUUAAGCCAGUCAUGGCUUUUGUCAUUAUAUUUCUGCAAUCCUUUGGACAUUAUCGAGACGGAGAUUGGUCUCCGGAUGGUGGUUACAUAUAUAUCACUGUCAUAUAUAAUAUCAGCGUAUCGCUUGCUCUGUAUGGACUUUUCCUAUUCUACUUUGCCACGAGGGAUCUUCUCACUCCUUUCGAGCCCGUCCUUAAAUUUUGCACCGUCAAAAGCGUCAUCUUCCUGUCGUUUUGGCAAGGUGUACUGUUGGCUGUAUUAGAAAAGGCCAAUAUAAUUUCACCAGUGAUAAACAGUUUGGGACAGUCGACCAGUGCAGGUACCGUGUCUGCGGGUUACCAGAACUUCUUGAUUUGCAUCGAGAUGCUGUUCGCUGCGAUUGCCUUACGUUACGCGUUCCCUUAUCAAGUAUACUCAGCUGGCUGUGUCACGGACUCAAGGGGACGCAGCGUCACUAUGCAAAGUAUCAGUAGCAGUUUAAAGGAGACAAUGAAUCCAAAGGAUAUUAUGACAGAUGCCAUCCAUAAUUUUCAUCCUCAGUACCAACAGUAUACGCAAUACAGCUCAGGGGGCACCAAGGGUCAGCGGGGGAUGCGAGUGUCCAGCUUCGACCCGGACGACCCGCAGAACAUGCCGGUGCCGCCCCCGCAGAGGCGCAGCACCACCAACCAGCGAGUGGCGACCAUCUCGCAGAACUAUAACGAGAAGACGAUGUUGCUGAGCAGCGACGACGAGUUCCAGUAGAGGGAGAGAGAGAGAGAGAGAGAGAGAGCCGCUCCCGCGGGACCUCCCCAGGCUAACCCGGAAGAACCGGCCGAGAUCGAGAGAAAGGAGGCAAAAGGAGGCGAGCCUCCUUUUUGCGCACCGGCCGGCCGGAAACACAGGGAUCUCUUCGAGGCGACGAGAGAAAAUUAAAAAAAAAAAAAAAGAACACCGCUUUCACCUUCUUGCUAAAAGGGUUCCAUUCGAGCCGCUCCCGGGCGUCGCCAUGUAGGAACUUGACUCGCUAAACUCGAGGGAAGAAGGGAAAAAAAAGGAAAAAAAAACGGGAAAACGAGCUGUCGCGCGAAGACGGGUCGACGGAUCGUGUAUACGGCGCGACGACGCUACACUGUACCGUAAUAUAGUUCCACACGACGUUAUACAUACAUAUAUAUAUAUAUCUUCAUGUUAAUACUUAUGGUUUUAUUACAUGACAUGAAUAUAGCUAUAGAAGAUAUUUAUUUUAAUAAUGCUCAGGCGUCCGGGGCGACGUUACAUCGCUCUCGUAGGCGCGACUCUCGCGGGGGAGAGACAAGUAUUAAGUAUGAAACGCGUACCCGUACUCUCGGGGGGCUCUCUCUGUGUUAGUUCUUUAUUUUUUUUUUGCAUUUAAGUAUUUAUUUCACCCGAGGGAAGGACGCGUACCGGUACUUAACGCAAGCGAGGACCCACAAAUGGUGGACCGUCGACGACUGUAUUCCGCGUGCCGACCCUGUGUUCUUUAAUCUCGCCCUCGUACGUCCACCGUAAUUAAUAUUCCGUUCGGCAAUCCCCGUAAUUAAUUUCGUCCAGUGACGAGAGGAUCCACGACGGAUCGGGAGUGUACCGCUGACUGGACGGGGGAUAUACUUAUUAAUUGUUAAGCCAAGCUGGCGCGUAAAGUGUUUCGCCGUUCCUUUUUGUAAUCGUUACGACGUGUUUUUUAUUAACAAUUGACUCGGCGGGCUGUGAGAUUAUCGUUGAAAGUCUUUAGGUUUAACUUCUAUGAAAUUUGGGCGAGGGGAUAUUUUUUUUAUGAGUAGAAAAUCAAACGCACGCUGAAGGCGAAAUUGCGGAAAAGAAAAAAAUGAAAUAUCCCGUCCAGUUAGCGUACAUCGGCGACCCGCUGUAAGAGGUUUCGUUUUCAAGUUUAUACAGUACUUUGUAUGAUCAGUUCGUUAGCGAUAAGCGAGCCAGACCUUCCACUAUCGGAAUGAGUGUCGCAUGGGUGACAGAAAUCAGCUGAUAUCCACUUGCGAGACGCGAUACAGGCGUUUCGGUUUCACGUCGAGUGUCGCCACCCCGACCUCACGCACUAGAUUUAAAGAGGAAACUAAUAAAUGUAUAUAUAUAAUAUAUAUAUUAUAUAUAUAUAUAUAAUUCGUUAUAACAUAGCGUAUCGAGUAAGGACAAACAAGAUCGGCGAACGGUGUGGCGAAUUUUUUUUGUUUGUUUGUUCUUUCCGCGAAUCGUUCGCCGAGCGCCACUGAGAGAAGCACAGCGUCAGAUACGUGUAUAAAAAAAAUAUAUAUAUAUUAAAACGAACAGCGACGUAUCUCAUGUCGGAUAAUAAAAUAAACUAUCGAUACCUGGUAUAACGUGAAAACAAGAAAAAAAAAAGAAGAGACUUAGUCCUAAUAGCUUUCUUAUAAUCAGAAUAUAUUAUUGAAUAUCUGGCUACGGAGGUUAUUUCCGUACAUAGAUUUACAAAUAUAAGUGUCCACAAACAGCUCGAUAUUUAUUCUGUCGCGCAUACGUAAUAAGGUAAAACCGUGAAAAUACGUUUUCUGGAAUGCGCCUACUAGCCGCGAGUCGGAGCUUUACACAUACAUAUAACAUAUACCGUAAUACACGAAACAAUUCACACGUAUUUACAAAAGUUAUAUGUGCAACGGUACACUGUGUGAAAAACGAAAUCUUCCAAGGAUCGAGUCUUUUCGUUGGGAUCUUUCUUUCUUUUUUCUUUUAAGCUAAAGGCCCACCAAUAACAGGUGCGCAAAUUUUUAAUUCAAUAUUCUCCCCCAUUCCGGAGAUCGAAUUUCGUAUAUCUUCUUGACGUCGAGUUGAUAAACGGCGAAACGAUUGCACGGAACGAUGGGAAAAUAAAAGUAUCCAAGGCCUCCGACAGAAUACGAAGAAACUCGAUCGAGUCUCGCGCCAAGUACAUAUUUUCGGGGUCGGGUCUCUUUAACCGCAGCUGUGUUUCAAAGCAUUUAACGAAAAGGGCUCCUUUGCACCUCGACUCUGAUAACAGGAUCCUCGCGAAAGUACCUAUAAGUCGGACACGACGGAACUCCUUCAGGACCAGGUACAAAUUUCGAGUACACGAUACGAUUCUUUAGAAAUGAGAGGAAAAUUACCGAUAGGGCAACAUAUCUUCCUCCGACACGCGCGCUCGCUUUGGUCCGUAUGUACAGGAAGAACGUGAUAGCGCUUUAUCUAAUUCCGAUCGAAAGGCACCGAUGCCUUAAAGAGCUACAUGAUUUUGUCAAGUAUAUGUACAGAGGCUAUCAGGAAUUUGGAAAGAGAAAAAAAAACGAGAGAUUUCGAGUCAACGUGCUGCCCUUCAUUCGUGGAUCCGUCAGAUUUCUGUAUCGGAGCCCUGUCCCGAGUGCACGAAAUAUCGAGACGCAUUCUUGAACGUCCUUAUCACUUUGUACCGCAAUCCGAUCAUCACCUGUUACUAAUGUCAAUUGCGAAUACCCGACAGAGUUCGUACACCGAUAGAAAGGUGCGUGCACAACUUGUUCGACAAAGUAAUCCGUGUAUCCUCGGAGUACGAGUAAAGCAUAUUUGCAUACACGGUUUCUCUGAAUUCGACGAGACGGUACGUUCGAUUUUCAUUUUUUUUUCUCCCCUUGUUUUUUUGUCGUGAAAAAUUAAGAGUGAUCGUUCACCUUAAAAUCGGAUCGCGCGCGGAAAAUCUACAUACGUGGGUCGUCGAAUUUAGAGACACCUUGUACAUGUGUGUGUGUGUAUAUAUAUAUAUAUACAUAUAUAUGCGCAGUUAAAUUCAUAAAAGCUUUUCAACGACGUACAAAUAGCUAACAGAGAAGGCAAUCACCUCACAAAAUAUACCUUUCCCGUCGGAGCGUCGUAAUAAUAAGACUGUCCGCUGUAAUACAAGGAGACUGUCCAACAAUUGUAUUACAACUCGAACGAUUCGCGUAUCCCUAAUCAAUGUUUCUUAGAAGAUACGGGACAUUGAUGACGAUUUCGCGAUAACUAAUCGUGCCGCCACUUUAAGAUCACAGAUUUGUUGUACGAAUAAUGUUCCUAAGUAGGGUAAUUCUCUUGUAUGCUUUCCUACGUGUACAGGCUGUUCGCUGUACACGAGUUUAGAACGCACCUACUCUGGCAGGUACUCACACGAUAAGUCACAGGGAUGUAAUUAGUUAAGGGUGUCGAAGGCAAAGAAAAGCAAAUCGUAUUUUUUAAAAGGAUAUGUAGCGAGAUGUAAAUAAAUGUAUCUUAAAUAAAUAGGUUUCACUGUG